UCCAUGUAAAUACAGACAUACUCUGAUCGAUUUCACUGUGGAAAAAAAAAAAAAAAGCAAAUCAUCUCUUGGAUUUUUAAUCACCUAUAUACCCGAUGUAUCUUUUGAAAGACACUCGCCAAUUAAUAUGUUUGUUGGGUGUGCUUUGUAUUCUACGCCUGUCGAAGACCGAAGACAAGGAAUUUUUGGAAGAGUUUUUCAAACGAGAAUAUUCUCUGGUAAAGCCUUAUUCUGGGUUAAGCUUCUCGAGCUCUCCAACGUGGGAUCUGAAGGGUACCGCUAUGUUGACAACUGAUUAUCUAAGACUCACACCGGACCAGCCGGCCAGACAAGGAGCUGUCUGGAGUCGAGUUCCUUUGAUUUUAAAAGAAUGGGAGCUCAAGGUGCACUUUAAAAUCCACGGGCAAGCAAGAAUUUUCAUGAGUGGCGAUGGUCUUGCCAUCUGGUUAACCAAAGAGCGCAUGCAGGAUGGGCCCGUUUUCGGAAGCAAAAACCUGUUCACUGGCCUUGGAAUAUUUGUGGAUACUUAUCUCAAUUCUGGCAAGAAGGCUGAUAGGAGUGUCCCUUAUAUAUCAGUGAUGUUGGGGAAUGGGACCCUUUCUUAUGACCACGAUCGUGAUGGAAUACCCACUGAGCUUGGAGGCUGCCCGGCAAUGGCUCGUAAUGCAAGACAUGAGACAUUUCUGCUCAUCAGAUACUCCAAAAACACAUUGACGGUUAUGUUUGAUGAUGGUCAACAAACUUGGAAAGACUGCACCAGCAUCUCCGGUCUACAUUUGCCUCGAGGCUAUUACCUUGGGGCCUCGUCUGCCACUGGAGACCUCUCAGAUAACCAUGACAUCAUCUCCAUGAAGUUGUACGAGCUAACAGUGGAGGAGGAACCAAAUGAUGAGCCGACCAUCCCAAGGGUUGAUAACAUGAAGCAAUUCCAAGUGAAAAUUGAAGAGGAGCAGAUGAGUGCAGUCCAGCUGUUCUUUGGCCUUCUCUUCACCAUCCUGGGCCUGGGUGUGCUGGCAGUGGUUGGGUUGAUAGGAUACGGACGCUGGAAGCAAAACAAACGCAAACAUUUCUAUUGAUAAAAAUUUACGAGCAAAUGGUUUGUGGUUGAGAGACCCCACAAUGCAAAACACCUAAAAGUUUACAAUCUAAUGAACAACGAUUCUUAACACUAGCUACUAUGGCUGACAGGUGAGCAACCUGUGUGAAGAGAAUAAUUACUUGAUACUUGCAAUGAGAUGAAGCUAUUUAAUUGUGGAAAGUAACAUUGUCACUGAUACUGUGGUAUUAGAUGUGACCGCAUUUUCACCUUCAGAAAUAUGCUAAAUGAAUGAAGUUCAUAUCAACAUCCUAGAUCACAUUCUUUGAAAUUAGUAGCGGUAUUCAACUUGAAAAUGUCCUUACUUCUGUUAGCCAGCUGAUGUCGCCAUCAUAAAAUCUUUGUAGCAUUUUAGGCGUUUUCUGCAACAACCACAAAAAAAAUAUAAUAACAAUUUUGAUAGGAUACUGAUGCAGUUGUGCUUGUGCAACAAGACGAUUUGUGUCAACUGGUCCAAGCACUGACAUGAGGCUUGAGUCAUGCUCAAACCACAUUUGAUUUGAUUUGAAUCUUAAAAUAUGCUCAUUUUCAUUGUGGCGCAAGAAGAGUUUUACUCAUUUAAUCUUAACCCCUUAGUUUUUGUCAGGAACAGUUGUGUUUGUGCUGUCAAACACCUGCUGUGAAUUAUUGCCAUUUACUUUUUUCUUUUGAAGCAAUUUACAGCUGUCAUUGGUUUAGUACGAGGUUGCAUUAUUACAGUGGUGAUACAAUCUAAAUUUGUGUUAAAAAAAAAAAAAAAAAAAAAAAAACACUUUUACACACUUACACAACAAUCAUUAUUACAUUAAAGAGCUGUAUGUAAAAAAAUACACUAUGCAAAAAACAAAAAAAAACAGUAUAGCUGUGACUCAGGAAGCUUUUUGUUAUAAUGUCAACCAAAAAACAGAGCCUCCCCCCACCCCCCUUGAAUGUAUUUUGUUACUGUGAAUGCUCUGUUGUGGUGUGGCUUCCAAAAAUUAGCCAUUGUUGCACUGGGGAAAUGUCUGUCUGCCACUGACUGCACUCACCAGAAUUAUAUCAUAAGCAAUUCAUGUACAUACAUGUACAUAUUUUGGGCCUCCACAAAAACUGGCAAGUCAAAAUAUGGACAGAAUCUGCCUUGUUCAAAAUGGCUGCUUGUUGGUGCUCUUUGUAAACCUAGGUAUACUUUGAGUUUGGAGGUCAAAGCAGGAAAUGUAUAACUUUUUCAUGGGAUCAGACACAGGAGGACCGAAGGUUGAGGUUGUGGGCAAGUUACUAAAUGUAUGGGUUUGCACCACCAAUCACUGCUGUGUGUGUUUGUUGAAGUACACAAUGACAAGCACUGGAAUUUCAUACACGAAGUUCCCUGGGAAAUUGCACCCCUUUUUUGCACGAUUACCCCCAAUGUAUACAGUUUAUGAGAAACGAUACCGGCUUUAUUCUUGAGGCAGUUGGGGUCAAUGAUUUUGUUAGUGUUUUGUGGGAACUAAACACGUUUCCUUUUUUUGUAUUAAAGAUGAUUAUUAUUUCUUGUUGUCCGUUCAAUAUUGGAGUCUUCAUGUAAGUACUACAUGGUCAAACUUGUUUGCUCAUUGUUCAUGACAGUUUCUCUGCCGUUUCAAGUGUUAAGAAUAAAUGAAGCAGACAAUGCAGACUUGUUUUCAGUGUGUUGCAGCCUUAAUUAUUUUGGAAACAAGACAACUGUAGUCUGUAGCUCCAGUCAAUUUUCCUUUCCAAGCAUUUUACAUGUCAUAGCUGUAAAGGCAGUUUAUUCUGGCAGGUUAUGUAAGAUAUUCAAACAACUGUAUACACAGCACUUAAAUAAUUAGCAUGAUUUUUGCAUUUAACUUAUAUUUAACUGUAUUAACCUCUUCGUAUGGCAAAUUGUGAGAUUUCUAAUCUCCGCAGGGAUCCGAAUACAGAGUUUUGUUUGCCGUUUACUGAACAGUAAUGGUUUGUACCACUAGAGGGCUUCCUGUACUAAGUUUUGCAGAACUGUGUGUGUGUGUGUGUAUAUAU